UUUAAAGCAUCCAAGUCCACGCCCCGUUUCCCUUUUUCCCCCAGUUAUAACAAUUACUAAGAAUAAUAAUAUUGUGUAUGUUGUAUUUAUAACAAAAUUCCCUUACUCCACACAUAGAUUUGUGUCGGUGAAUUUGGAUUUUCUCUUUUAUAGUUUUUCUUCCUUCUCUUUCUCUCUGCCUUUCUUUGUUUGUUCUAACAUAUAACUUUGUUGUGUCGGAAAAACAUUACAUUUCAAACACGACACAACCAAACUAACUAUGUCAUCUCCAACUCUCCAUUCUUCUCCUCCCCCUUCAUAGUUCCAGCUUUCUUCCCCUGUUCUAAUAAAAACCCAAGCCUCCCGACUACACAACCCAGAGUUGAGGAACAUAGGAUUUCUCCAAUAAUUUGCAAGGCAUGGAGAAUGGAACAGGAGUUGUUGCUUCAAGGGAGAGUUCGAGGAAGUCCACGGCGGAGAGGCCUUACAAAGGGAUAAGGAUGAGGAAGUGGGGGAAAUGGGUGGCUGAGAUUAGGGAACCCAAUAAACGGUCGAGGAUUUGGUUAGGGUCUUAUUCAACACCUGUUGCGGCGGCUCGAGCUUAUGACACGGCGGUUUUUUACCUGCGUGGACCGUCGGCGAGGUUGAACUUUCCUGACCUUUUGGCGGGAGAGAGAGUUGGCAGCGCCGGUGGCGGCUCUCUCGGUGGGGAUUUGUCAGCGGCUACUAUAAGGAAAAAAGCUAUUGAAGUUGGUGCUAGAGUUGAUGCUCUUGAGGCAGCUCAUCACCACCACCACCACCACCAUCAUAAUCAUCGUGGUCAUAAUUAUAAUCAUGGUUAUGACGAAGAGUUGAAGCCAAGUACAGGCGGUUUUUUACAUCGGGUUGACUUGAACAAGAUGCCCGACCCGGAAGAUUCAGAUGGUGAAUGGGAAAGGAAAUAGGAAGUUAAAAAAAAAAUUGAUUGAAUCAUGACCCUCCAACUUUUAUGAUGUAAUUUUUGUUCCGUCUCUUUUGGCGGCAACCCCGAGGGAAAAAAGGAAGGGGACAAGGGGGGUGGUUGCUAAAAUGCACCGGGGGCAAUUCCUAUCAUGCACACUGUAGUGGAGGAAGCCUCUUCACUGUGAUUCAGUAAAAAAGAUAUGUAAUUACUUUGGUGUCACUCCUGUUCUUCGGGGAGAGUGGAGGGACCAGAUGUGCAAGUUGAAGCGACAUAUAGUCUAAAGAUCACUCCCCACCGGAAAAAAAAGCAAAUAAAGUAUUUAACAGAAACAAACGUGUGACAUCACGACGAGGAGACAUGUGAUGUUCGAUGACAUGACAAGUAAGGACGACAUCACGACAAGGGUCGUCGGGACAAGGCGAUAAUCUUUUGAGGUAGGAGCAGGGGCGAUGUCAUGACGUCACGACGAUAUCUCACCUAAUGUAGUCGCGUUUUAGACUCCAAGCAAGACUUUUUCCAUUUGGAAUUUGAUUACUUCAAGACUAUUUUAGUUUGAUUAUAUCUCUAAUCUGAGUCUAUAUAAAGGGCUUUUGUAACCUUGAUUUAGACAAGCCAAUCAACAAGGGCUUUUCUUGAGGGCGACAAGAUAUAAUCGCAUAUGUGUUUUGGUGAGAGUUUUGUGAUAACUGUGGAGAGAAUUUUGUUUCCAAGUUAGGGUUUUGUUUUUGGGGCUUGGUAUUGUACAUUUAGUACAUUUAGGAUUAUUUUCUCCAUAUAAUACUCUCGUUUGUUUACUUAUUUAGUGAAAA